UUUAUCAUCCGCUCUAGUAGCCUUUUAAAACCCUAGCAUACCCUAUCGGAAAUGGCGCCUUCAGAAAAUGCGUCACUGUUCCACGGUCUCAAGUUCUUCCUCACGCGCACGCUCUCUCGUGAUGACGUCGCUGAGCUGCAGCGUCUGAUCGAACUGCACGGCGGCAUCGUUUCCUCAUCACCCGCAGGUGCCACUGAGCUUGUAGACUACGACAGACUGGAUUCGCGGCGCCCCGAGUGGGUCUCCUUCGACUUCAUCAAGGACUCGGUGGUCUCGAAGAGGCUACAAAACCCAGCAAAAUACUCGGGUGUUGUGUUUAGCUCCAAUCCUAUUCAGCUGCAUAUCACGGGUCGAGUUCGAUACUCCGUGGAGGACGAUGCGCGGCUGCUGCUCUUCGCUAAGUCACGCGGCUGGCAGUCUUUGAAGCCGAUGCCGGCCAGUGCCUGGAAAGUAGCCGAGAACCAGCACGUGACGAAUCACACGUGGCAGAGCAUGCACGAGCAUUUCAAGAAGCAGCUGCAGAACAAGACACUUAAGGAACAGCGCGCUAUAAUGGCAAACGCCUCGGAGAUUAUUCGAGCGCGACUGCAACAGCAAGAGGAUCAAAAAGAGAGAGAACAGGCAACGAGGACAUCGCCGUCUACUACAGCUCCAGAGUCUCCCAAGCCAACUACGCCAGCUUCUAAAGGAUCUAAAGGAUCUAAAGGACCUAAAGGAUCUAAAGGACCUGAUCGAGGAGCUCCAUCUACGCCGGCAACGAGCUCACCACUGCGUCGCCAAAUUAGAGAAAAAGCGCGACAGAAGCGCAAGCGAACGUCAAGUCCAGUCAACGUGGAAGAAGGGAAAGACAACGAAGGCCAUGGCGACAUAACAAGUGGAGCUGUAUACUUCAGAAGUGUGUCUGCAGAGAUGACAGCAGAUCCAAGUAAGCUACAGGCGCUGUUUCACACCUCCAUGAUGGAAGGUUCUCGUCGGAGACAAGAAAAUAACAGUGAAUCCGCGGCCAGUGACUCGCGUGAAAGUGAAGAACCAGAAAUUCUAGCGCAAGAUAGCAGCAAUAUUCGGACUGAACAACAGACGAGUGAGGUGGAUGUGCAACGCGCGACGGAGACAGAAACCGAUGAGAUUAUUUGCCGACUCCAGCUUGAGACGAAUCAACCGACACCUGUUGUUGUGCAUACUCUGUAUAGCUGCAGCGGAGAUGCUGGCAUGGCGAGAGCUUUUCUGAAAGGAGCUUCGCCUUCGGGCAUGUGGUCGCCCGAAGAUGAUUUACUGCUUGUGAACUUGAUCGUCGAUGAGAAUAUUGAUCGCUCAGCUGUGGAUGCGGCUGUGGCUCGCGGAGAUUUUGCGUCUAUGCAAGUACCACGCGACACAAGUGCCAUUUUGGAUCGGGUUCGGUUUUUGCGGUGAUGCAUCGUAGCUAUGCAAGCAAAAUGGCGUUGUGAGAUCAUGAAAGACCACAUAGUAUUACAGUGGGUUCGCUUGGCACUACAUGUACGCGGGGCCAUGUAAUAACUCCUCCAGUGCCUUAAAAAAUCGUCUCCGUGCCUAAACACAAUGAGAAUCAGCUCAUUAUCCAGUGUUGACAAGAAAAAUAAGGCAGCGGAACGUACCAUGAACCCCCUGACAUAUUUCUGCAUGCAGAUAACAGAGCGUUGAACCUGCAAAUAUACUUGCAAUGCAUCAGGUUUUGGCGGAUCGUGCGGGGUCGUUUGUUGUGGUAGCGGUUCAGCGGGUAAUGAAGAAGCUGGCGUUGAUACCAUCGAAGGUUCAUUCUCCGUGUGUUCCAGGCUGCUUUGCUCGGGUUUUUGACUCGGGUGAGCUGUCAUUAUUGCGAUUUCUGCUGGCCGAGUAGGAGAAGUUUGUGCGUGGACCACGGGUAUAUCGACUUCAGCGGGGGUACGAAGAGCGACAGAUAGCUGGAUGUCUGGCACUGUAGUUGGAGCUACUGCAGACGCCAAUAUGCGUGAUGCAACGCUGGGCUUGUCAGCUUCUUUGGAUUGAUUAGCGUCGGAACUUUUCGGUAAUACUUGCUGAAUAUGCCUGUUGACCAACUCAUGAUGAGAUUCCACUGAGUUCGCGAUUUCUCAAUGCAAGAAUUCCCGUACAAUGGUGAUAGUGGUGGUUCAAUGCGAUUGCAGAUGGUUGAGGGCAUUGGACUGGAGCAGUUUUGUUCUACAGCAGCAAUGUGCAUUUGUAAACGUAUAGUUUUUUUGUGUUUUGCAAAAGUUCCAUACGUACGCUUUUGGACUCGUUCGCGGUCUUCAAGGAACCACCUAAAGACGAAGAAGAUGUAUUUCGUGAGUGCCAUAGAGCUAAGCACUGUUUGACCCUUGCGGCACCUUACCUGACCAGCUUCUGAGAUAAAGCAAAAAGCAUUUGGAGCUUUUCCUACGUUUCAGAUAUCCAUAAGAUUAUUAGUGUUUA